AUGUCGCUUUUUAUGAAACGUAACAAGCCUGGUGUGGUGUUCAACACACAAAUAUUGUGGCGUUUGAAUUCCACUGUUGCCGAAAAUAAAGAUGAGGAGGAGUUUAGGGUUUUAGAUAUUUUGAAGAAGAAAGACUCUAGACAGAAGAGAAUAGUCCGUAGAGCGGAAGUUGCUCCCGAUAGAGCAGAGAAGAUGCCUACUGAUCAGAACUGGGGCAAUGUCUGGCCAGGACCAAGAUCCUUCCACCCAUCGUCAGUCCCUCUACCGAUACGCCAAGGAUACGUCCCAAAAGGCCAAGUACCACCAGGAAAGAAAGCAAAUGCAGAAUUAAUGAAAAUACCCAACUUCCUCCACCUGACACCACCAGUGAUCAAAAGGCAGUGUGAAGCUAUACGAAAAUUUUGUACUGAAUGGCCAAAGCUCCUAAACUCGGAAGAGGCUAUUGAUAAACAUUAUCCAGUGGAAAUUAUUACGUCAGACUACUGUCAUGCCAGUCCGACCAUCCGUAAUCCGAUGGCCAGAGUUGUCACUCUACGUAUAAAAUUAGCAAACCUAGACCUAGAUAAACAUGCUAAAGAUAAAUUUUUAAGGUUGGUUGGUGAUCGGUAUGAUGAAAAAACUGAUUUGGUGACACUGACAGCAGAUCGCUGUCCUUUGAGAAAACAAAAUUUAGAUUAUGUGAAUUAUUUAUUAACUGCCGCAUACCAUGAAGCCUGGACAGUUGAAGAAUGGGAGAAAGAGAAGAUGGAGGAUGAUAUGGAGUAUUAUGUCUGGGAUAACAAUCAGUCGAAGCGAAACUUAAUUGAUUGGUAUCAUAGAGUUAGUGGAACAGAGCAGGUUUUGAGUGAUGAAGAAUAUAGGAACUAUGAUAUAUCCAGCAUACCGCAUGCAAAAGAGUACAAAGAAGCAGUUUCAAAUUUGUUCAAUGAAGGUGAAAGCGAGGAAACAAUAGAGAAAUAUGGAGGCACUGUAAGAAAACUUUUGGGCUUGCCGGAGAGGACUGUAUAG